AUGUUUUUCAACGCCCCUCUUACGACCGUUUUACUCGCUCUCGUCUCUGUGACCGACUUCACAACCGCCAAACCCGCCCCGAGAUGCUCUACCAACGCCGAGUGCAUUCAAAGAGGUCUCCCCAUCCGUUCUCCCAGUAAACGUGCUUUCCACAACAGCAACCUUCGUGCCCGACAAGCUCCCUCUGACGCUCUCUCCUUCGACUACACUGGCGCAGUCGCCACCUACACGAUCGAGAGUGCCGGUGACUACCUCUUCACCGUCCAAGCUGGAUCCGGGGGUACGACCAAUGCCGGCGAUUAUACUUCCAUCGGUGGUUCGGCCGCUCAAGUCGAUGCGACCAUCUUCCUCAACGCGAACACCGUCCUGAACCUCGUCGUCGGUGCACAAGCCGGGACCGCAUCUUCAGGUUUCGGAGCUGGUGGCGGAGGUGGUUCCUUCGUAUACACCACGGAUAACGACUUGCUCAUCGCUGCGGGAGGAGGUGGUGGUGGAGAGACGAAUUAUCCCGACACUCAUCCCGGAGCGGAUGCCAACUCUGAUUUCAGUACCAGCGCUAGCGCAGGCAGCACCGGUGUCGCGGGUGGAACGGGAGGAAACGGUGGUUCUGCCCUUACUGAGUAUGGUGCCGGUGGUGGUGGUGCUGGUUGGCUGUCGUCAGGUUCCACUCCGGGCACAUCGUCUUCCGGGACUGGUGGUAGCACCAAACCAUCAUGGACUGGCGGUACUACUACCACCGGCGCUUCUACAGCUGGUGGAUUUGGUGGUGGUGGUGGUGGUGGGUCUAACGGUGGUGGUGGUGGUGGAGGAUAUAGUGGAGGAGGUGGUGGUGGUCAAUACUAUGCACCGGGAUCCGGUGGUGGUGGAGCAAACUAUGUCACUGCCGCUGGGACCGAUAGCUCCGUCACAAUCGGUCAUACCGGUAAUGGUGUCAUCAUCAUCACUCAGCUCACUGAGGCUCCUUAG